AUGAAUAAUCUUCCGAAUUUUCCAUCCUUUGAUGUGGACACAGACAAAUCAAACGCUGGCACGCGUUGGGAGAAAUGGCUAGGGCGGUUAGAAAAUUUAUUUGUAGGAUUAAAAGUGACAGAUGAUGACCAAAAACGGGCGUUGUUGCUUCAUUACGCUGGUGAGAAAGUGUAUGACAUAUACGAUGUAGAAAAAAGGGACACGGAUGCGACCUUCGAGGCAACGAGGAAAGUGCUUAAUGAUUAUUUCGCCCCUAAAAAGAAUGUUCAAAUGGAAGUAUACAAUUUUCGGUCAUGCAAGCAACAUGACACGCAGUCAUUAGAUGAGUUCGUGACAGAACUCCGGACACUUGCAAAAAAUUGUGAGUUCACAAACGUAGACAAGGAAAUUCUACAACAAGUAAUUCAGAACUGCAGAUCGAACCAAUUAAGACGUCGUGCCCUGCGAGAACCGGAUAAGGCAUUAUGCGACAUAUUAACAAUGGGUCGAAUGCUGGAGCAAUCCGACCGACAGGCUGCUGCUAUGGAGAAUUCGGACACUGUGCAAAGGGUUUCACAACGACCACGUGGCAGUGUGAACAGGCGUGGACAUAAACGAGAGCGCGGUGGUCAGCAUUAUGCAAAUUCCGGCAUGCGGAGAGGCUUAUCGGCGAAACCACCUGAUCACCCUGGCUUAUCGGCGAGACCACGUGAUCGCGCUCCACUGAAUGAUAAUACCUGCCGAGCAUGUGGUUAUGAAUAUCCACACAAGCAGACCUGUCCAGCGAAGGGCAAAACUUGCAAUCUUUGCAAAAAGCUUAAUCACUUUAGUAGGUGCUGCCGACAGAGGGGUAUUAGGGAAGUUAAGCUACAGUCCGAUUCAGAAGAUGAAUACAAUUACCAAGUCAGUGUAAAAAGUGUUAGCAAAAACAACAAGACUCCGAAAACACUCAUCUCAAUUAACAAUAUAGCAAUAAAAGUAACAAUAGAUACCGGUUCGAGUGUAAACAUUAUCGAUGAAAACACAUACGCAUUCCUCGGAAAACCAACACUUAAAACGAAACAUUUACCUAAAUUAUUACCAUACGGAGGGGGUUCAAACUUGAAAGUGAAAGGUUGUUGUGAAAUGACAGCUGAGAAAAAUGACAAAAUAGUUGUAGACAAAUUUUACCUAGUCAAAGGUAAUUACGGGACACUUUUAGGAUUUCAAACGGCUUCAGACUUAGGUGUUGUUAAAAUAAUCCAAAAUGUCAACAUUUCACAGGAAACGAUCGAAAGGAAAUACCCAGGAAUAUAUGAAGGUAUUGGGAAAUUGAAGCAGCAAACCGUGAAACUUCACGUAAACAAGGACGUGCAUCCAGUGGCACAAAAAGGCAGAAGAACUCCUUUUCAUUUGCGAAAAAAGGUCGAAAAGGAAAUUGAAACAAUGUUAAAAAACGACAUAAUAGAGGAAAUAAGGAAUGAAUCAACGCCAUGGGUGUCUCCAAUCGUGACACCACCGAAGAAAAAUGGUGACGUCAGAAUUUGCGUUGAUAUGCGAUUAGCAAACAAAGCGAUUGAAAGGGAACGACACCCAAUGCCAACCAUCGAUGAGCUUAUACAUGAUUUAAAUGGAUCAAAGGUGUUUAGUAAAAUGGAUUUGAAAUCUGGAUACAAUCAACUAGUUCUCGAAGAAGAGUCACGCCCAAUUACAACCUUUUCGACGCACAUAGGUCUAUUCAGAUACAAACGAUUGAACUUUGGGACAAACUCCGCAAGCGAAGUAUUUCAAAAGACAAUAAGUUCAAUAAUAGCAGGAAUUCCAGGAGCAAAGAACAUUUCAGACGACAUAAUUGUAUAUGGGAAAAACCAAACAGAGCAUGACAUUGCAAUAGACAAAGUGUUCAAUGCACUUCAUCGCAACGGACUGACACUUAAUAAACAAAAAUGCGAAUUCAACAAGUCAGAGAUUACGUUCUUUGGUGUUGUUUUCAAUGGGUCAGGGAUCUCAGCAGAUCCGUUAAAAGUGGAAGCUAUCCGGAAAAUGGAACAACCAACCAAUGUGUCAGAAAUAAGAAGUUUUCUUGGAAUGACAGCAUAUUGCUCCCGUUUUAUAAAGGAAUAUGCGACAAUAACAGAACCUCUCCGAAGACUGACAAGAAACGAAACACCAUGGUCAUGGGAACGUGAGCAAGAAAACGCGUUCGAGAAGCUCAAACAGGAUCUCUCAAGUGACACAGUGAUGGUGUAUUUCGACCCAGGGAAGGAAAUAGAAGUAGUGACAGACGCUUCACCGGUGGGACUUUCAGCAAUUCUUACCCAACAGGGCAAAGUCGUGGCAUAUGCAAGUCGGGCAUUGUCACCAACAGAGUCUAGGUACAGUCAGACGGAAAGAGAGGCGUUAGGUGUUGUAUGGGCAUGCGAACACUAUAACAUGUAUCUUCGUGGUGCUCCAUGCUUCACUGUCAUAACCGACCAUAAGCCGCUAGAAUGCAUAUGGAAGAAAAAACAACCGCCUCUAAGAAUUGAACGGUGGGGUUUACGACUUCAGCCAUACAAAAUGAACAUUGUCUACAAGCCUGGAAAAGACAAUCCAUCUGACUACCUGUCAAGACAUCCAUUGCAAGAUGUUUUUAACGAUAGAAACCUAGCAGAGGAAUAUGUGAAUUUUAUCGCUGAAAGAGCUGUUCCAAAUGCUAUGACAUUAGAUGAGGUAAAAUCAGCAUCGAUAAGUGACAAUACAAUAAGAAAGGCUAUUGAGCUUACAGAAAAUGGAAAAUGGUACGAAAUAAAGACACUAAGUGAUCUAAAAAUAAACAAAGAAGAAUUAUCUGCACUUAGAAGUGUGAUGGAUGAACUGAGUGUACACUGUGGAACUGUACUAUUGAGAAAUGACAAGAUCGUUAUGCCUAAAUCGUUAAGAGCGCAGGCUAUCAAACUGGGCCACGAAGGGCAUCAAGGGGUCGUGCGAACCAAGAGCUACAUACGUUCAAAAGUCUGGUUUCCUAAUUUGAACGCUGAUAUCGAAACAGCAAUAAAAGGUUGUUUGGCUUGUCAAGCAAAUACAAAGGAACCGAGAUCAAGAGAACCACUGAGAAUGUCGGAAAUGCCAUCAGGCCCAUGGAUGAAUUUAAGCGCGGACUUUUGUGGACCGUUACAAACUGGGGACUAUUUAUUAGUUAUCGUUGAUGAAUAUUCACGUUAUCCAAUUGUGGAGAUAGUCAAAUCAGUAUCGGCGAACACUGUCAUACCAGUGCUGGACAAAAUAAUAGCAAUGUUCGGGGUACCAACAGUGAUCAAAACGGAUAAUGGCAGUCCAUUUAACAGUAAUGCAUUUUCAGAUUAUGCAAAAUACUGUGGAUUUAUUCACCGAAAAAUCACACCUAGGUGGCCGCGGGCAAAUGCUCAAGCAGAGUCUUUUAAUAAGCCCCUAAUGAAAUGCAUCAAAUCUUCACAUGUAGAAGGAAAGAACUGGAAACAGGAGUUAUUCCGUUUCUUACGCCAAUACAGAGUGACGCCACAUACGUCAACUGGUUUUACGCCGUUCCGUUUAUUGUUUCAGCGGGAACCAUCAACGCGAUUACCAGAUAUCGCAAAACCAGAACAAGAUGUAAGAUUAGACGAACUCGCAAGGCGUAAUGACGAGAAAUCAAAAUCCCACUCGAAAGAGUAUGAGGACAGAAGGAUUAGGGCAAGGGAACGUCACAUCAACAUUGGUGACAAAGUGCUACUGCGAAAUGAGACACCGUCUAAGUGCUCUACGCAGUUCAAACCAAUGCCAUAUACGGUUACGGAAACAAAAGGACCUAUGAUCAGUGUAAAAUGUGAUUCAGGACAUCGAGUUACACGUAAUUCGUCUUUUAUGAAAAAGGUUGAACCAUCAUUGGACGCCUCCAACAUGGAUAUGAAUAAUAAUGACGAUGAUCUUGGGGAUGAUCUGAUCGAUAAUGAUGGUGGUCAAAAUACGACGGAGGUUCACACCCGACCAACUAGGGAACGACGACCUCCGACUUAUUUGAGCGACUAUGUGCGGAGUGUUGAUAAUAAGGUUUCAUAG